UUCUCUCUCACCUUAUCCUCUUCUCCUUCCCGGAUCCGAUCGCUUCAUAACGUUACUCCGUCUGUUCUCUGAUGAUCGGCAUCCCUAAUCAGCUUGUUGUUUUUCUUAGAUUUUGUCUGUAGCUUCGGCCGGGUUGUCUGCGGGAUUUGUGAUUCUUCAUUUUUUCUGUAGUUUCAGGUGAACGGAGGAUCUGGUCGUUACUCUCGGAUAUGACUUCAGCACAAGAUCCAUUCUAUGCAGUGAAAGGGGAGAUUCAGGAAUCCAUUGAUACACUGCAAGUUACUUUUCAUCAAUGGAAACAGACACCUUCAUACACAGGAGAGCUAGUGCACCUGACAAGAGAGCUACUUACCAGCUGUGAGAACAUAAAGUGGCAGGUUGAUAAAUUGGAGAAGGCAAUUGCAGAUUCUUCCAGAGAUCCUGCUUGGUAUGGACUUGAUCAUGUUGAGCUUGAGAAAAGUCAGAGAUGGACUGCCACCGCUCAUAAUCAGGUGGACACUGUGAAGAGAAUUGUAGAGGCUGGCAAGGAAAAGCGGAAUCUGCUUAGCUCAGAUGUAAAAGGCGUGCAUAAAGAGCUGAUGCAAAUUCCAGAUGGCAAUACUUCUCAUGCUGAAGGAUCAAACCAAUACAAAAAAGAUUAUUGUGAUUUUAUUACCUCAGAAUCAGAUCAACAAGUACUCCUCAUCAAGAGACAAAACGAGGAGCUUGAUGAGCUUAGUGCUAGUGUCCAGAGAAUUGGAGACAUGGGGCUUACCAUUCACGAUGAACUCAUUGGGCAGGAAAUGAUAUUCGAUGAACUAGGCAAGGAAAUGGAUAUCACUUCAAGCAGGCUUGACUUUGUCAAGGGACACCAGAGCUUCCAACUCCACGGGCGUUCAAAAAUAUCCCAUGAUUUCAACCCUCGAUGCAGGGGAAAGAGAGGAAUUUAGUGAUGUACGGUGUAUUUAUAAAAAAAAAUUCUCUAAAUGGAGGAUGUAAUCAAAGGAUAUUAGAUUUCUACAUUGGUCACCGUGUAUAUUUUUCGAUUUAUCCUAGUAGUUGGUGGGAAAUUUUUGUGGGAC